UUUGAGAGGACUAAAAAGAAAUUGUUUUGUUGAUUACGUGUUACAGGCACUUGUUUUUAUUGUUGGAAAAAAAAGUAAUUUUUUUAAUCCAAGUUAUAAAUUCCCAAUGUUUUCUCGUUCUUUCAAUUGCAUACGAAAGGUUUUGCCCAUUAGACAUGGACAAAUUUUCCAUGCUCACCUAUCUCCUGGGAGUUUUCUUCAAGCCAGGGAUUAUCUUCCCCAAACUUAUAUGUGUGAAGAUGCAUGGAAUCAACGGUUGAAUGAAGAUCUGGUUAAAAAACUUGAUAAACCAGGGGAAUUUUAUGUGACAAUCUCCCAAAAAAUGAGAACAGAAAUGAAAAUUUGGCCCCUUGAUGUUGAUUUGUAUAUGCAGUCAUUACGAAGUGACAACAGCACCGAGUGGAAUGUUCAAGAUGUCAUGGACUUGCUUCUCAAGUUCCGUCUGUCAGGAGGCACGACUUUAUUACUCAUGGAGUCCACCCAGCAUGCAGUGUUGCGACUCUUACUUCAGCACAAACACUUCAAGGAGAUCCUCGUCAUUCUCUGCCAACCAGAACGUUAUGGCGUGUUCUUAGACAAUUUUACAGCCAGCCACAUAAUGGACCAGUUACUUGAAAAAGGAGAUCAUGUUGGGAGUGGUAUUGUGGCAUCACGUAUGAUGUUGAUGGAACAGUUCGACAAUCACGUGACAAAUCUUCUUGUUUUAUUGAGCUGUGUUCUGUCAAUUAAGCACCGCAAUGAAGCUGAUAAUCCCGACUACAGUCAUAAGCCUAGUGAGCCUGCUGAACGUGUAUUGCUGCGCAUUGACUUUGAUGAUUCAAAAUAUGUGGACGACCACUUCCGUCUUGAUCACAGUCGCCUGGUGGGUAAGACCCUGGCGUACUGCUCGAGUCACGUGCCCUCAGGCGAGCUGCGCCUCAACUGCCAAGUGCUGGGCCGUGCCUUCCUGCAGGACUGGGCAGGCCUGCAGCAGCACCUCAAGCUUCUCUCACAACACUCUCCAUUGUCACCACUAGUCAAGGAGCUGGUGGCUGAGCAGCUGCAGGCGUGCCCUGACGACGCCCUGAGAGAAGACCUGGCCAACGACCUGGCGGCGAUCGCUGCUAAGCCUGACCUGGACCUCGUCCAACUCAUUGAAGACAACCUCAAUAAAUCCAUCCGGGAGUCACAAGAUGAUUUUGUUAAUGAUCAGAUGCGACUAUAUGAGCGGUGGAGUGCUGAGCGACAACAGCUUUUUGAGCGCCAGUGUGAAGCUUAUGAGAGAAAGAACCUCAUGAAGCAAAUAAAGGAGAAGAAGAAGGAGCUCAAAAGUCGCGAAGAGUUGCUCUAUUUCUUCGAGCGGGAAGAUGAAAUGGAUGUCAUCCAGGCGGGCAAAACUUUUGUGCAUCCCUUCCCUCGCGAGAGGCCGCCUCAGUAUCGUCGCAAGAAGAAGGAAGAGGCGAGGGACGAGAAGUACAUCCCACCCUCCAUGGUCGGUGGGAAGAUCAUCAAACUCCCCACCGACUAAUGCCAUCGCCGCCCCACUCCCUGUACCUUCUCCAUGUAUCUUUCCUCUUGUUAAAUGGCUCCAAAAAUAAGAUCUCGGUUAUAA